GCGCGUGCGCGCAGAGACCGGAAGCUGGCCGGCAGCCCGGAAGUCGCGGGCUAUGGAGGGUCGGUCGGCGCGUCGCGGGCCAUCUCGCGAGGGAUCCGCGGAAGAAGCCGAUCCGCCGCUCGCCUCCUGGAGCGGGGACAGCGGCCACGUGUCGCAGAGCCACAGCAUCGCCUCAGGGCCGUGGGAGGAUGACGGCCCGGACGGGGGCGCGCCGGGACGCGACCUGCCGCUGCUGCGCCGCGCCGCCGCGGGCUAUGCCGCCGGCCUGCUGCCCGGGGCCGGGGCCGGGGCGCGGCCCGAGGUGCAGGCCCUGGACGCCAGCCUGGACGAGCUGCUCACCAGGGUGGACGAGUUCGUGGGCAUGCUGGACAUGCUGCGCGGCGACUCCUCCCACGUGGUCAGCGAGGGCGUGCCGCGCAUCCACGCCAAGGCCACGGAGAUGCGGCAGGUGUACGGCAAGAUCGACCGGCUGGAGGCCUUCGUGGGCAUGAUCGGCGCCAGCGUGGCCCGGAUGGAGGAGCAGGUCGCCAGGGCGGAGGCCGAGCUGGGCUCCUUCCCCAGCGCGUUCCGGAAACUCCUGCACACCCUCCCCGUGCCCUCCCUCUUCACCAAGGCGCCCGCCAGCAGGCCCCCGCCGGCCGGCUACGAACCGCCCGUCCUGUUCCGCACCGAGGACCACUUUCCCGGCUGCAGCGAACGGCCUCUGAUCUGAGCGGGCGGCCCCGCUGCGAGAGGACGCCGCCCUCGGCGGUCACCCCGAGUGUCGGUGACAUCGGUUGGAGCCCUGGGAACAGGCCUGCGGGGUCGGGGUGCGGACGUGCACAGCUGGCUGAUUGCACACCCCGUUUCUCGCCGUCUUCCCCAUGGUGUCACGGAGGAAGUCGGUCCUCUUUAAGUCUUCCGGCUCCACCCCGAAAGCUGCUCGGUCGGAGCGACCGGGGAAGCGGAAUGAGUGGACUCCCCUGUGCGCCGUGGCAACACCGUCGCGGGUGUGGAUUUUACGGCUCCACAAACAGCAUCACCGUUUCAGGAUUUAUAGAUUUUUAUCCUCCCUGGGAAAACGACUGAGCCGCUAAAGCCUUCUUAUAACUUGAUCCGAAUAGUGGCUCCGUUUCCCGUCUAUUCUAGGGACCGGUGGUAAGUUACUUAACAUUCUGUUAACCUUGCCGUGUGAGCUGUAAACCGAAGGACGAGGUGCAGCUUCUGAGAAAAUGAGCUGACUUAUUGCAGCGAAUUGUGCAGUUGCGUUGGAAGGAGUGACCGUCCCACCUUCCCGUGCCCCGAGCCAACAUGACCAUAUGAUGGUUGCCAACGUUUGGUUUAUAGCUUAAAUCUUAAUAAAGUUUUUAAAUUUUA